AAAUUUAGAAAAGUUAAGACACCACUAUUAAUCGCUUUCGGGGUACUCCUCCUUCUUCCACAGUACAGUCGCUCAAUUUCGGAACCCGCGAAAAUCCAAUGCAAUCAAAAUCUAGAAAAUAACAGUCUAAAUGGAUCGAAUACAAGCAACCAACGAGCUCGGUUUCCGGGUCGGGUUUUCCGGUCACAGUGGUCACCUGAGAGUGGAGCCUAUCUAUACAGUGGAAAACGAGAGUAAAAAUCCAGUCAAAUCACUUCCCGAUUUUAUUCUUCCUCCUGCCUUUCCUAGGGAGACACCUGAAUCUAUAAAGGGCUACAUAGAAGAGGAAUAUCUACUUCCGAGAUUGGACUCCGAUGAAUUUUCGGUAGAAAAAGCUGGAAGGCAGUGGGAUUUUGACUGGUUUCAGAAGGUUAAAGUGCUGCCCGACCCUUCGUUGCCACGUUCUGUUAUUGUUCCAACAUGGGAGUUACCUUUUAGGCGGGACAAGUCAGCGUCUGAACAAGGAAUUUGGGAGCCAAAAUCAGUUCAGGUGGAUGUGUCAGAAUUAAGUGUUGGAGCUCAAGAAUAUAGUCCUGCACCACGCGUUACUGGACCUUCUAAGGAUUUUGUCAAAGGAAGCAUCAAUAACCGUCCUUUUCGUCCAGGAGGUUUAGAAGAUUCUAAAUCUUCAGAGAGAAAUCUUCCUGCUGGAGCCACAAAUGGUGAAUGGGUGCGUGAAUUGAUCAACGGGGGUCCAGCUCAGAAAAUGCCUCCAAGCCUCAAGAAAGGUUUAGACCUUGGUGAUCUUAAGGCGCAUCCAUCCUCAUGGAAUGUUUAUAAGGACCAGAGUCCAUCCGAUACCACAUCAAAGAAAAAGUUGAAUGAGUUGUCUGUACAGUUUGAUGAUUUGUUCAAGAAGGCCUGGGAGGAGGAUAUUGCUUCAGAAUACGAGGGAGAUGGUCUUUUGUCAAAGGACGAGUCUCCAAAUACAGAUUCCGAUCCACUUUCAGAAGCUCAUUUGUCAAAAGAUCAGCCUCUAAAAUCUCAAUCUGAAGAGAGCAAGAUUGAUGUGCAAAGAAUUAUGUCCAACACUGAAUUGUCUGUGUUGGAUGAGAUUUUGUCUGUGGAAUCAGGUGGAGUGACAUCAAAAUCUGAUGGAACUGGUGGCGAUGGUGACCACGAGGGGAAGGAUAAAAAAGCCUGGGCUAUUAGGGGCAAUAGUGAAUGGAUUGUAGAACACUUCUCUCAACUUGUUCCUGACAUGGCACUUAAUUUCCCUUUUGAGUUGGAUGCUUUUCAAAAAGAGGCUAUUUAUUAUUUGGAAAAAGGAGAUUCUGUUUUCGUUGCAGCUCAUACUUCAGCUGGGAAGACAGUUGUGGCAGAGUAUGCUUUUGCUUUGGCAUCAAAACACUGCACCAGAGCUGUCUAUACUGCUCCCAUUAAAACUAUUAGCAACCAAAAGUAUCGGGAUUUGAGUGCGAAAUUUGAUGUUGGCCUUCUCACUGGGGAUGUGAGCUUGAGACCUGAGGCUUCUUGUCUUAUCAUGACCACUGAAAUAUUGAGGUCAAUGCUUUACCGAGGUGCUGAUAUUAUAAGAGACAUUGAAUGGGUCAUCUUUGAUGAAGUUCAUUAUGUCAAUGAUGCUGAAAGAGGAGUUGUUUGGGAAGAAGUUAUAAUCAUGCUUCCAAGGCAUGUAAAUAUUGUUCUUCUUUCAGCCACGGUACCCAACACAGUUGAAUUUGCAGAUUGGAUUGGUCGAACAAAACAAAAGAAAAUUCAAGUUACGGGAACAACAAAAAGACCGGUCCCAUUGGAGCAUUGCCUUUUCUAUUCUGGAGAACUUUACAAAAUUUGUGAAAAUGAAACUCUUAUACUACAGGGACUGAAAGCUGCCAAAGAUGCACACAAGAAAAAGACUACAAGUGCACUUGGCAGUGGGUCUUUAGCAAUAAGGGAUGGAGCUCAAGGUCAAAAACGUGAAUUUCUUAAUCGUAACAAACAGAAUAAGCAUUCUGGUUCUCAGAACCCUGGGAGUUCCUCUGGGACUGUUUAUGGGAAUCAAAACAAUGGAAGUGGCCAAAAUAACUGGGGAUCAAGGAGGUCAGAGGCUUCCUUAUGGUUGCAGCUUAUUAACAAUCUCUCAAAUAAAUCUCUUUUGCCCGUUGUCAUAUUUUGUUUCUCAAAGAAUCGGUGUGACAAAUCAGCUGAUAAUAUGCCAGGGACUGAUCUCACUAGCAAUUCUGAGAAAAGUGAGAUCCGUGUAUUUUGUGAUAAAGCCUUUUCUCGACUGAAGGGAUCUGAUCGGAAUUUGCCUCAGAUUGUCAGAGUCCAAAGUCUUCUUAGAAGAGGGAUUGGUGUACAUCAUGCAGGAUUACUUCCAAUUAUUAAGGAAGUUGUUGAAAUGCUUUUCUGCCGUGGUGUCAUUAAAGUAUUGUUUUCAACAGAGACAUUUGCUAUGGGGGUUAACGCCCCAGCUAGAACGGUUGUAUUUGAUACAUUGAGGAAAUUUGAUGGAAAGGAAUUUCGACAGUUGCUUCCUGGAGAAUAUACUCAAAUGGCAGGUCGUGCUGGUAGAAGAGGUCUUGAUAAAAUUGGUACAGUGGUUGUGAUGUGCCGUGAUGAUAUCCCUGAUGAAAGGGAUCUGAAACUUGUUAUUGUUGGAAGUGCUACCAGGCUUGAAUCUCAGUUUCGAUUGACUUAUAUUAUGAUCUUACAUCUCCUCCGUGUGGAAGAACUAAAGGUGGAGGACAUGCUCAAAAGAAGUUUUGCUGAGUUCCAUGCUCAAAAGAAACUUCCUGAAACACAACUACUUCUAAAAAAGCUUAAGCAGCAGCCUGCCAAAGCAAUUGAAUGUAUAAAAGGCGAACCAGCAAUUGAAGAAUAUUAUGAUACAUUCUUGGAAGCUGAAAAAUACAGUAAUCAGAUAUCAGAGGCGGUUAUGCCAUCCUCUGCAGCCCAACAAUUUCUUACACUUGGAAGAGUGGUGGUUGUAAAGUCACAGUCAGCACAGGAUCACUUACUUGGAGUAGUUCUAAAAGGACCAUCUGCAAGUAUGAAGCAGUACAUUGUUUUGGUUCUGAAACCUAAUUUUCCAACAUCAGUGCAGAUAUCCAAUGCGCAAGAGAAAAAGAGUGGCGAUAACUCACAAACUUAUUUGCUUUUGCCAAAAUCAAAACGUGGUGGAGAAGAAUACUUUUAUGCUCCAGCUUCUCGCAAAGGAUCAGGUGCUGUCAACAUAAAUUUACCAUAUCAAGGCACUGCAGCUGGCAUCAAUUAUGAAGUUAGAGGAAUGGAUAAUACAGAAUUCUUAUUCAUAUGCACUGCAAAAUUAAAAAUCGACCAGGUUGGGCUUCUUGAGGAUGUUAGUAAUAUAGCUUUCUCUAAGACAGUUCAACAGUUGUCAGAACUCAAAUCUGAUGGAAAUAAGUAUCCUCCUGCCUUAGACCCAUUGAAAGAUCUGAAGAUGAGAGAUGUGAAUCUUGUAGAAGCUUACAAGAAAUGGACUAGCUUGUUGCAAAAGAUGGCGAUGAACAAGUGUCAUGGUUGUUUAAAACUGGAGGAGCACCUGAAAUUGGCAAAAGAAAUAAAGAUGCAUAAAGAUGAAAUUAGUGACUUAGCAUUUCAAAUGUCGGAUGAAGCACUCCAACAGAUGCCACAGUUUCAGGGCAGGAUAGAUGUUCUGAAGGAAAUUGGUUGUAUAGAUGCUGACCUCGUCGUUCAAAUUAAAGGACGUGUUGCUUGUGAGAUGAACUCAGGGGAGGAGUUGAUAUGCACAGAAUGUUUAUUUGAGAAUCAACUUGAUGACCUAGAACCAGAAGAAGCUGUGGCAGUGAUGUCUGCCUUUGUCUUUCAACAGAGGAAUGCUUCUGAGCCUUCUCUGACUCCCAAUCUGUCCAGAGCUAAGAAAAGAUUGUACGACACUGCUAUAAAACUCGGAGAGCUUCAAGCCAAAAACAACUUACAGAUAAACCCCGAGGAGUACGCAAAGGAGAAUUUGAAGUUCGGUCUGGUGGAAGUUGUUUAUGAAUGGGCAAAGGGAACUCCGUUUGCUGAUAUCUGUGAGCUUACUGAUGUUCCUGAAGGCUUGAUUGUGCGGACGAUUGUCAGAUUAGACGAGACAUGUCGAGAAUUUAGAAAUGCUGCUUCGAUAAUGGGUAAUUCUGCUCUCCAUAAGAAAAUGGAAGCUGCUUCCAAUGCAAUAAAACGCGACAUUGUUUUUGCAGCCAGCUUGUAUAUUACAGGAGUAUGAUGAUAUUACUAUUAUAUCAGAGCUCAAGUAAAAGGACUUACAAAUGUAAAUUAGUUAAUUUUCAUUGUCUUUAGAUAUGCGUUUGGUUUCAGGUUCAUUUCUCUAAUUAAAAGUGUAGAUAUAGACUAAUUGUCAUUGGCAAAAAUAUUUUUGCAGAAGCCAAAAACAAUUGGUCAGAACUCCAUUAAAAAGUGUCUUCUGUUUUAAGUAUUUUAUAUCAAAUAUAUGUUUUGCAUUGUUUUGUUA